UCCGGGUAUCAGCUCGCGGGCUGCCAGGCGAUGGCGGCUACCGUCCCCCUCAGGAGGAACCGGCCGGGGACUAAAGCUCAGGAUUUUUACAGCUGGCCAGAUGAAUCGCUGGACGAGAUGGACAGUACCCUGGCAGUUCAGCAGUACAUCCAGCAAAGCAUAAGGGACGAUACGUCGGACAUCGAGAAAAUUCUGGAGCCUCCAGAGGGGCAGGAUGAGGGAGUCUGGAAGUACGAGCAUCUCCGGCAGUUCUGUCUUGAGCUCAAUGACCUGGCUGUCAAACUGCAGGGCGAGUGUCACUCGGACACAUGUACACAGAUGACAGCAACGGAGCAGUGGAUCUUCCUGUGUGCUGCACACAAGACACCCAAGGAGUGCCCUGCCAUUGACUACACCCGGCACACCCUGGAUGGAGCAGCGUGUUUACUCAACAGCAACAAGUACUUCCCCAGCCGGGUCAGCAUCAAGGAGUCGUCCGUGGCCAAGUUGGGUUCUGUCUGUCGCCGGAUCUACCGGAUCUUCUCCCACGCCUACUUCCACCACCGCCAGAUCUUCGACGAUUACGAGAAUGAGACGUACCUGUGUCAUCGCUUCACCAAGUUUGUGAUCAAGUACAACCUCAUGUCGAAGGAUAAUCUCAUUGUGCCCAUUCUGGAGGGGGAGAUCCAGAACGCAGCGACUGGAGAGAGUGAGGCCUGACAGAGGGACAGGAGGGGGACCGGCCUCCCCAUAUCCCUGACCCGUAUACCCACCCCUUGCUCGGCUACCUUGCCCACCCUCUCUCUCUGUGUGCUUUAGUUUGUUUGUUUUGUAAUUGCUCUCUGUCUUCCUCACAAACCCACGGUGUUAUUUAUAGAACAGUCAUCGCUGCUAGUCUCUCUCUGUCUGUGUGUGUCUGUCUCUCUCUCUCUCUCUCUCUCUCUUUUUCUCUCUCUCUCUCUCUCUCUCUCUCUCUCUCUCUCUCUCUCUCUCUCUCUCGUUCUUUCCUGUGACACCCCCCUCCCUCCUCUUUGUUUUGUAUUUGUUUUCUGGAAACAGCAUAAUCAUGGUUUUAACGACACCGCAAUUAAUUUGGUCUCCUUUUUAUAGGGCCCCUUGUCCAGCCUUGUCAGUGUGUGAUGGGACGGGUGGGGUGGGGUGGAGGGAGCUUUACUCUGGAUCGAAACCCCUGUGUCUGGAAGUGUUUGGAGGGGGGAAACUGUCCCUGGGAGUGUUUGAUGGGGGGAUGGUGCAGAGAGAGCUUUCCUCUGUAUCUAACCCCCUGUCCCUGGGAGUGUUUGAUGGGGGGUGUCAGUGUAGAGGGAGCUUUACUCUGUAUCUAACCCCCCCCACCCAUCCCUGGGAGUGGGGGACGGUGUAGAAGGAGCUUUACUCUGUAUCUAACCCCCUGUCCCUGGGAGUGGGGGACGGUGUAGAGGGAGCUUUACUCUGUAUCUAACCCUCUGUCAUUGGGAGUAUGUAAUGGGGGGGGGGACAGUGUCAAGAGAGCUUUACUCUGUAUUUAACCCCCCCCCAUCCCUGGGAGUGUGUGAUGGGGGGACAGUGUAGAGGGAGCUUUACUCUGUAUCUAACCCCCUGUCCCUGGGAGUGUGUGAUGGGGGGGACAGUGUAGAGGGAGCUUUACUCUGUAUCUAACCCCCCUGUCCCUGGGAGUGUGUGAUGGGGGGGGACAGUGUAGAGGGAGCUUUACUCUGUAUCUAACCCCCCUGUCCCUGGGAGUGUGUGAUGGGGGGGGACAGUGUAGAGGGAGCUUUACUCUGUAUCUAACCCCCUGUCCCUGGGAGUGGGAGGGAUGGUGUAGAGGGAGCUUUACUCUGUAUCUAACCCCCUGUCCCUUGGAGUGUGAGAUGGCGGGGACAGUGUAGAGGGAGAUCACCUGGACGUGAUGUUUUUGAGAGCCUGUGUACACGGGAAUGAGGUGGAUGGCUGAAAAUCCUGAACAGGGCGGACUGACCAUGCCCUGCACUGACUGUGCACAGCUCACCCUUCAACUCAUGGCAGAAUAUGUUUUAUAUUCCUGUUCAUAAUGUUUAAUAUUAAAAACUCCAUGGUCUCAAA